AUGUCAUCCCAGGUCUAUUCAAAGCUACAAGCUGUGGAAAUGGACUUCUGGAGAAGAUGCCUAGGUGUGAAAAUGAUGGAUAGAAUUAGAUUUGACAGUGCCUUUGGUGAAUUUAAUGAAAAAGCUUUUAACUCACAAUAUGGAUUUCUUGAAAAAAUCAAGAAGAGGGAGAAAUUUAAACUGAAGCAUCAGUUAAAGCGUGAAACAGAUCCUGAAGAAAUUGGUAAGAUUCAGUAUUUAUUGACUAGAAUAAAAAAUCAAGAGCGAGAAAAGAAAAGGAGAGUAAUUAAAGAGAAAAUAAUUGAGGAGAACAAGCAAAAGUUUGCUCAAGCUGUAUUUGCUGGUGAAAAUCCUACAUUUCCAAGCAAAAAAGAACAAUUGGCAGAAGAAGUUCUUCUCAAUUUCAAGCACCUUAAUUCAAAAGGGAAAUUGAGCAAGUAUUUAUCGAAAAAGCAGAAGAAAAUGUCAAAACAUAAAAAAGAAUUGGAUGAGUCCAACAAUAGUUUGAAUUAG